ACACUUGACCAACGUCCAUUUCUUUUUUCAAUUGCGUCCUGCGAGGUCGUAGAAAUGGCAGGUAUUUGGGCAAGGUAUAAUGCUGCACUUACUGCAAACCCCCUGAAAGUAAAAACUUUAACGUCCUUUUUUGGUUUUACUUUGGGAGAUUUGAUAGCCCAGUCCCCAGAUAUGUUGUCAGGAAAUCCUUGGGAUUACAUGAGAACUGCCCGGUUUUCUGCUUUCGGUUUAUGUAUACACGGUCCUAUUGGACAUUAUUGGUAUCAAUUUUUGGAUAGGACGGUGAUGACCAACGCUCCAAAAUCGGGCCUUGCAGUUGCCACUAAGACGGCGAUAGAUCAGCUUCUUUGGGCUCCAAUAUUUACUUCUAUAUUCUUCUCUUUUAUGAAAACGGUCGAAGGACACCCUGACCAAGUCACAGAGGAAGUAAAAACGAAGCUCUGGCCAACAAUGAAAGUCAACUGGGGAGUCUGGCCUCUUGCGCAUUUGAUCAACUUUAGAUUCGUUCCUUCAUCUCAGAGAAUUCUUUACAUCAACUCUGUGCAGAUUGGAUACAAUACUUUUCUUUCGACCAUGGCAGCAUCAAAGACUAAGGAAGAAGUAUCAGGAGCCUAAAGGCAUUUAUUCUUUAAUAAAAUCUAAAGGUAUUUUGUGAAGUUUGUUUCUUAUAUAGAAUUUUUUUAGAGCUUCAACACGUACAUCCCAUUGGUUGGAUGAACGAUUUGGACAUCAUUCCUACUUUGCUAGUUAGUUGUUCGGUGUUUCUUGGAGUAUGCGUAGAACCACGAACGAAACUAAACUUACCAAAAUUGUCAAUUCAGUGUUAUAGAAAGUUAUAAACUGCCAACUAUUGGACGGUUUAGCUUACAAUAAGGGACUUAUGAGUUCAAUUUGCUCUUGCUUGUGUGUUGAACAGCACAAUUUAGCGAACAUCCGUAGUAAGGAACCUUUUUGUUGUUUAUCAGAGAACAAAACUACUUAUAUUUGUUUAAAAUAAACGUAAGCUUUCUUGUACGUGGAAAACAAUGGUUUGAGCUAACCAAAAACUAGUCUCUUCUGAGAGAAGAAAAGAAGAAUCGACAGAGCACAUCUAAAGACAAAACUCAUGCUUGAUAUAAGCACUAGAAGUAUCAGAAAAGUUCAAGUUGAAAAGCCUGCAGUCUCUUAAGGAAGAAGAUAACCAUGAGUGUUAUCUUCUCUAGAGUGUAGGCAAUAAAAAUUUCGUUAUCAAA